UUGGAAAUACUAACACGGUAAGUUGUUCUCAAAAUAAUUUUUGAAAUCAAAUGAAAUGAAAUUUUUGCAGGAAUGUCAAUCAAGUACUGUGUGGAUAAAUUGGAAAAUCUGGAAAUUUCAGAAAUCGAUAAAAGAUGGCCGCAAAAAAUCGAUCAAAUUCGGAAAAGAGAAAAUAUCGAUUAUUUGGCAAAAGAGCAAGGAAAACGUAGAGAAAACAUCAUUGCAAUCAAUAAAAAAUCAGUGGAAAAUUGUAUAAUUUGUGGUGAAAAAUCAGGAAUUUUGUAUAGCUGUCAAGGAUUUAUCAAUGGAUUAAUUGAAGAUGGAGAAAAUGAAGUUAGGAAAAAAUGUUUAUCGAAAUUUCAUUUCGAUUGCAUAAGAAGUUAUAAUUCGUUUGACUAUAACAUUCGCUAUAUUUCGUUGGCUGAAUGCCAAAAUUCUAUACUUUGUCCACUUCAUAAUUGUGAUUGUUGUUUUAUGGAAAGAAGAAAACAAAGUGCAUUUAUUGGAGAAUUGAUUGAAUGUGUUUCGUGUUUGAGAAGUUUUCAUAAGGAUAAAUGUUUUCCGGUUGGAUCAAAGAGAUUGGAAGUUGUUUGGAAAUUGGACAAGGUAAGGAGAUACAAAACUGGGCAAUUUUCAAAUAUUUCAUUUAGAAACAGUUUUCGAUAUGAAAAUUUUGAUUUCAAGCGUUCAAUUAUUUGAAUUUUUCUCAAAACCCUCUUAUUUUCCAAGAUUUCAGCUCAAUUUUCUCACUGAAAAAUGAAUUUUCAGCCCUACAAAUCUGAAAUGCUAAUCUGCUCCGCACAUCGCCCAAAACCAAUAAUCAAACCAAAUUCGCAUAUUAAAUCAUGUUUGGAUUGCGAAAAUGAAGAUAAUUCUCAAAGAACUCUUAUUAAUUGCCGCUUUUGUGUUCGCUCUUUUCAUCAAGAAUGUCGAACAACUCAAGAAAUCGACCACAAAAUCAUAAACACUGAUAUCUGUGAAUAUUGUUUAACUGGAGAAAGUCUUGGAAUAAAUUCGCAUGUUUUGGCAAAAUGGAAAAAUCAAUAUUAUCCGGGAAUUGUUCGAGAUUGGAAAUUCGAAAAAAUCCCGCCAAUAUUAAAAAAAUCGAAAUUUUUCGAAGAAAUUGGAUAUUGUUUAGUUGAAUGGUAUGAGAAUAAAACAUUUUCGAUUGUUUUAUUUUCGGAAUUGAUAUCUUUUCAUACGAGUUCUAUCAAAAUAUUGGAUGCAAUUAAGGAUUUGAGAAUGAGGAAUUCGGUGCGAAAAGAUUUUAGAACAUUGAAAAGGGAUGUCGAUUUUCCGGCGAUUUUGAAGGAGGUUGGCAGGAGUUUGGAGGUUAGUUUCGUGGGUUUUUGGUAGUAGGGCGACCGGUUGGAAAAUACUUUGUCCAAAAAUCUUUAGAAAAUUUUUUUUCAGUUGAAAAUUCAGUUUUGUUCACAUUUUUCAGAAAAUUUGAGAAAACCGAGUUAGACCAACUAAUCCUCAAAAAAAAACAGCCUGUCUAGAAUUCCACAUUUUCCAGACCGCUAGAUAUUUGAAAAAAGAAGAUGAAAAGAAAUUCGUUGAACUCGUUGAAACUGAAUAUAUUUGCGAUUGUCCGAAAACUCGAAAUCCUCACUGUCAAAACUCAAAUUGCCAAAACAUCCAACUGCAUUAUGAAUGCUCUGAAAGUUGCACAACGCAACAAGGAAAAUGUAAAAAUCGCGGGAUUUCUGAAAACGUUCCCCAGCAAAAUCUAGCUAUUCAAGUUCUUCCAACUCCCGAAAAAGGCUAUGGGGUCUUUGCGAAACAACAGAUAUUUUCUGGAGAUUUUAUCAUCGAAUAUGCUGGAGAGAUUUUGAGUAAGAGAGAAGUUGAUAGAAGAAAUUUGAUUUUGGAAAUUGGACGAGAUCGAGAGGCCAAUCUUUUCAUGGCUCAAUUAUCGAAAGGACGAGUAAUUGAUUCGGCAAAAAUAGGAAAUUGGGCACGGUAUAUCAAUCACAGCUGUGAGCCGAAUUGCCGUUUUGAAAAAAGAAGUGUGAUUGUUGGAAAAUCGGGAAGGAAUGGGAUUUUGUAUGAUGAACGAAUUGCGGUUGUAGCGAUACGCAAUAUUCAGGUAGAUUUGGGGAGAGCUUGAAUUUUAUAUAUGGUCUAUUGCCUUGGAUAAAUACGGUCCAGUCUAAUUUCCUCCUAGAAAAUAUAGGGUUCACUUUGUUCAUCUUCAUAUUAAAAUUUUACUGUUUCAAAAAUUAUUGAGAGUUUUUUUCUAAUUUUUAUUCAUUUUCAGCCUGGGGAAGAGAUUUGUUUCAAAUAUCAAAUGAAAACUGGAAACGCUAGCCAAGUUCCGAUUUGUAAAUGUGGAUCUGAUAAUUGUGAAGGAACUCUUGGAGGGAGACGAGAAAAUGAUGAGAUUGUAGAAGAGCUGGAAGAAAUCGAGAAUAUUCCAGAGAGAACGACGGCGAAUAAAAGAAAAUCGGCUCUGAGAGUUGUUGCAAAUGUGCCAAAAGUGAGUAGCUGACAUUUUUUUCAAAAACAUUUUCCCAACCAAAAAGUUUUCAGCGUCGAUGUCCUCCUCCAACUACUUCUCAACCUCUUCAAUCUAUUAAUAUCCCACAAGUUUUUCAAGAGUAUAUUGCAAAUUAUAAUGGAGAUAGAGAGAAGAUGGCAUAUUUACGGAAUAUUCAGGAAAAUGUAAAAAGUCUAGAUUAUCAAAAAGAAUUUUUGAAUGAGGCGAUUGGAUGGAAAUUGGACAAAUGUGAGUUUUUAAUGAAAAUUAUGUGGAAGAAAAAUCUUUUUCCAGAUAAAUCUAAAAAUUCUGGAAAAUCUCCAUCAAACUCGCAACUUUAUUUGGACAAUUCGUCGAACCCUGGACCGUCUCGAAUUUCUUAA